UCGGUCAGGCCGGGCCCCGCGGCUGCGGCGGCGGCGGCGGCGGCAGAGCUGGGAGCCGGACCGGAAGGGUCGUAGCACCCGGGCGCCCCUCACACCCAUUGCGGCGGCGGCGCGGAGCGGGGCGGGGCGGCCGGCCGAGCACGGGGCAGCGGAGCCGCGAGCGGCCAGCGUACAGCGCCGCCAGUCCGCCCUCCCGCUCGCGCGACUGCGGGGAGGCGAGGACUCUGACGACGGUACCAGCUCUUCGGGACACUGUAUGACACUACAUCAUGAGUGACAGCAAAUGUGACAGUCAGUUUUACAGUGUACAAGUGGCAGACUCAACUUUCACUGUCCUGAAACGUUACCAGCAGUUGAAACCAAUUGGCUCUGGAGCCCAGGGAAUUGUUUGUGCUGCUUUUGAUACAGUUCUUGGAAUAAAUGUUGCAGUCAAGAAACUAAGCCGUCCUUUUCAGAAUCAAACUCAUGCAAAGAGAGCUUAUCGUGAACUCGUCCUCUUAAAAUGUGUCAAUCAUAAAAAUAUAAUUAGUUUGUUAAAUGUGUUUACACCACAGAAAACUCUAGAAGAAUUUCAAGAUGUGUAUUUGGUUAUGGAAUUAAUGGAUGCUAACUUAUGUCAGGUUAUUCACAUGGAGUUGGACCAUGAAAGAAUGUCCUACCUUCUUUACCAGAUGCUCUGUGGUAUUAAACAUCUGCAUUCAGCUGGUAUAAUUCACAGAGUCCUACUGUGUGGUGCCACUUGGCAGUUUGACGCUGUAGCUACGCACUGGAAACUUGUGAAAAUAAUAGAUGUGGAUUGUUUAGAAGUCACGCUGUACGAGACGGUUUGCAGGCUGGAGUCCCAGGAUUUGAAGCCUAGCAACAUCGUAGUAAAAUCAGACUGCACACUUAAGAUCCUUGACUUCGGCCUGGCCCGGACAGCGUGCACCAACUUCAUGAUGACCCCCUAUGUGGUAACGCGCUAUUAUCGGGCACCUGAAGUCAUCCUGGGCAUGGGCUACAAAGAGAACGUUGAUAUCUGGUCAGUGGGUUGCAUCAUGGGAGAGCUGGUGAAAGGUUGUGUGAUAUUCCAAGGCACUGAUCAUAUUGAUCAGUGGAAUAAAGUUAUUGAACAGCUAGGGACACCGUCUGUGGAUUUCAUGAAGAAACUUCAGCCAACUGUGAGGAAUUAUGUAGAAAACAGGCCCAAGUAUCCUGGCAUCAAAUUUGAAGAACUCUUUCCAGAUUGGAUAUUCCCAUCAGAAUCGGAACGAGACAAAAUAAAAACAAGUCAAGCCAGAGAUUUGUUAUCAAAAAUGUUAGUGAUAGAUCCUGACAAGCGCAUCUCUGUGGACGAAGCAUUGCGCCACCCUUACAUCACCGUUUGGUAUGAUCCUGCUGAGGCAGAAGCGCCACCACCUCAAAUCUAUGAUGCCCAGUUAGAAGAAAGAGAACAUGCAAUUGAAGAAUGGAAAGAGCUAAUUUACAAAGAAGUAAUGGAUUGGGAAGAAAGAAGCAAGAAUGGUGUAAAAGAUCAACCUUCAGAUGCAGCAGUAAAUAGCAACACCACGCCUUCUCAGUCAUCAUCCAUCAAUGACAUUUCGUCCAUGUCCACCGAGCAGACGCUGGCCUCAGACACAGACAGCAGCCUUGAUGCCUCAACUGGACCCCUGGAAGGUUGCCGAUGAUAAGUUAGACACAGCAAGCUUGUUGUCAGGGAGGAACUGUUGCUCCGUGGGCCUGCCACGCCUGGGAGCUGAUGGAACCAAAUAGAAAAACUCCAUGUUCUGCAUGUAAGAAACACGAUGCCUUGCCCCUACUCAGUUCUAAUAGGACUGCCUGCUUAGAUUAUAAAAUGAAGCAGAUUAUGUCUGAAGAAAAAAAAGUGCAAGCCACACUUUUAGAGAUUUUGUUCAAGGUCAUUUCAGGUGAGCAAUCGGAAUAGAUGAAUUUUUUAAGUUGUACGGUAAUAGUCGUGACAACUUCUCAUCCUCAGUCACCGUUGGGACUUGUUUGCAUGUGACCACAUACGCUCACUUAGAUUUGCCAUCUGGCACUUUGGAAAUCAGUAUUUAAAUGCCAAAUAAUCUUCCAAGUAGUGCUGCUUCUAGAAUUAUGUCUUAAUCCUUUUAGGUAAUUUGGUGUCUGUCCAGAAAAAAAAUUAUGUGUAUUAAUUGGCCACCAUCCUAUUACCGUAUCUUACCUUCUUUUAUGGUAUGAUUUAUUCUAUUUUGUACUUCAGAAGGAAUAUAAUUAAAUCUAUUUAAUAAAUAAAAAUAUAACAAAUCUGUCAUGUUUUGGGGUGAGAAUUAUCACUGCUAAAAUCAAGGCAUUUAUAUGGACACUUUGUUUUCUCUAAACUAGUCUGGAAUGAUCGUACAUUCAGCUUUACUGCAUGAUACAAAAUUUUAAGUUUUGUUUGGUGCUGCUUAAGACAUAUAUAACUUUAAAAUCCUAUCUACCUUAUCUCUUUCUUCUUGGUCUUCAGGACGUAUUAUUAAAAUGCUACCUAGAAUUCCACUUUCUUUAUUAGCCACCUAACACUCCAUGUCAGUGAUAUGAUGGCAAAUAGAUUCUUGAAUCCAGCGCUGCUGGUAGAGUAGAAUUUCACACAAGGAUCAUAAGUGAUGAAGUCACUUAUUAAGUGCUUGCUUGGCCUAGCCUGGACUGGGUCCUUUCUUACCUCCCGUCAUUCAAGGUCAGGUACAGGACCACACAGGGUAGUGUUUCCCAUUUCCAACAUGAAAUCCGUACUCCACUUUCCUUCUUUACUGAAGAAACCACACAAGCCCCCUUCGGUCUGUGUGAGGAAGCUGGGCUGAUUCAGAGGCCUGUUCAUGUUGGUUCCCACUUUGUGGAGGCAUUUCCUCUUCAGGGAACACCACAUAUGUUCUGGAAAAACUCUUCAGAGGGAUAUAGAGGAAAUGCCCUGAGGAGUCAUGAUUAACUAUUGAGUAUUUUCUGAUUUAAAACUGCUCACCUGAAAUUGAUACUUUUAGAAUUUUUGAUAUGGAAAUUACUCAGAAUUCCCUAAGAUACUGAGUAUUGAAGUGUCACUGCAGAAAUGGAGUCACAGUGGUCACACGUGCGCCACUGUGCUCAAAAUGCUUCUCCCUUGAGCUUCUGUUACAGUCGCAUCUUGUGUUUACCUAUCUUGGAAGUCAUUGGGUCGACAUUCUGUAGAAUGCAUUCUGAGCAGGAACCUUGACCAGAAAGUUUAUUAUAAAUCUCAUCUAAGAUAAAUGCUUCUCUCUGUACCAGUUGUAUCUUGUUGGUUGGUCUUAUCACUGGAAACUGGAACCCCCUUGGUGAACAAAAUUAACAUUGAAAUGAUAGUUCUAUAUUGUGAUGUUUUGACACGUUCAGAUGCACAUGGAAAAACCAAUGGGGAUUGAGCAGAAACACCUGUUACAUGGCUCAGGAUUACUUUGGUGUUGGAGGCCUGACGAUAUAGUUAGCACUGAACAUACAUAAACAUCUUAAAAUGGCCUUCUCUAUAACAUACAUGCUUUUUAAGGGCCUUACUAAACCUAUCUUUAAAAAGAAAAACAAAGAAAGGGGAGUUUGACAAAUGCAUUAUCUACCCUGGGCUUCGGUUAAGGCGCUGGGGGUACAGGAGGUCACGUCUGCCAGGCGCCCUCCUUCAGAGGAGCUGGAUGCCCUCCUUCCACUGAGCACUCCUGGAUGGAGCCCGGUAGGCAGGGAUGGGCUUCCUGCCUCACCUGCCUUUGGUUAGUCACACAAGGCCCCAGGACCAUCAGUGGGCCUCAGAGCCCCAGAGGAAUACCUCAGCUCGUAUGGUCCUCCCUCCUGUGCCGAGGGUGCCAGAUGCUGGUGCCAUACAGGUGGUUUCCAGCCAACCUCUGUGGACAAGUGCUGAUGUUGGAUAAAGAGCUGAAACGUGUGCUCAACUUUUUCAUCUUUUCUAUUUUAUUUUUGUAAUUUAUAUUAUACACAACCCCGGAAGUAACUAUUUUGGACAUAUUUUUAUAAACCAGGUAAUGUACUAUUAGCCUGGAACUUGGACUAGGUUUGUUUUGUUUGUUGGCUUAGUUUUCCGUCAAAAAGGACGUGACUGCCUCCCCUAUGUCAGGUCUUGAUUUUUCAAGCACAGGUUUCAGAGAGCAGACAGUCCAUCAGAGUAGGAGAUACACAUUGCUGAUCAGCUGUGGUCAUGGAGAUAGAAGUAGGGCUCUGUUCUUACCUUGGGGAUGCAAAACACAGAGCUGCAGUGCAGAGAGGAGGAAACCCUCGCAGGGCCCCUUGCUGACACCUGAGUCCCGAGCUGACGGAUACUGGUGUGGUCCGGACUUGAUGCCGUGGAAGCCAUGGUAUUGAUGUAUGCGUUUGCCUGGUUGAUUGCUAAUGUAACUCCUCCAGUAUUUCAUACUGGUAGUAAAUACAGGUGUGACCUGUCCGAUUGCAUAUCUCAAAGUAACAUUGCCUAAUGUUUUAUAAUAAAAUAUAUAAUGUGUGUUUUGAUUGGUGAAAAUAAUACAGAUGCAUUUUAAAAGAGAAA